AUGGCAUCUCACCUUAGAUCCGCAAGUGUGCCUUCUAGCCCUCGCUCCUGCGAGACCAAUGUCGAAGAAAAGCUUCAGAGUCUUAACACAUUUACCUCUUCAACCAUCGAGACAGUAUGCGAUGGGUUGAGGAAGCUUGGAGACAUCUACAACCGCAUCGAAGAGCUGGCAUCUUUGCCCAGCAGCCAAGUUCUCCUUUGCAAGCCGCAGCAGAGGAUUGCCGUGGAGCAAGAGCUCGAGCGCUCCCUUGUUUUGCUCGACCUCUGCGACGCGGUGCAAGUGAGCUUCUCUGAGCUCAAAGAAACUGUCCAGGACAUGCGGUUGGCCAUCAAGAGAGGAGAUGAUACGACUCUUCAGGCCAACAUUAUUUCUUGGUUCUGCCUGGCCAAGAAAGCCCAAAAGCAGCUCAAGAAGAUCUGCAAGAAGUCCUCUUCCACUGACCAAGAGAGCUGCAGAGUGGUCAAGUUGUUGGCUGAAGCUAGAGAAACCGCGGUCAAAAUGAUUGAGUCCUCAUCGGAUCUCAUGUCAAAGCAAAUUUCGAUGCAAAAUUAUAGCAAGUGGUCUCUUGUAUCCAAAGCGUUCCAGAAGACAAGAGUUACAUGCAAAGAGGAUCAAUUACAGGUGCUGGAGUUGGACAUCGCUGAUCUUGAGAGCGGAGUCGAGACUUUGUUCAGGAGAUUGAUCCAGAGCAGGGUUUCCCUUCUGAAUACUCUGAGCUUGUAGAUUAGUCACAUACCAACUUUGGUACCCUGUGGUUGGCAUCCACCUUUUAGAGGAUUUACUGAUCAUCAUAACAACCUUCCAUGUAUAUAUAAGAGGAAUUGUACAUAUACACUCAAUUGAGAAACAAACACAGUU